UUUGAGGCACCUCACACACGUGGCUCGACCCUCCACCACGGCGGGCACUAGUGGUCUACGGUCUACCUUUGUGUGUGUGUUCGGGUGUGUGGCGGACUUGCUGGACUGACAUCUGCCUGGACUGGGUCUCGUUUCCCGAGAACUGUCGUCUGCCUAGACUGUCAGCUGGACUGUCAGCUCCUAGACUGCACCUGGCUGCCCAAGUUCAAGAUGACGAGACUUGCUGUUAUCUGUUACCUGUUACUUCUGCUGAAAACACCGAUAGAGGCUCAGAUAGCUGGAGGUACUACUGCUGGGGAUGAAACACUCACAGCCCAUAUUACUGUACCAGGGCCUGUAUCAGAACACUCAACAACUGUUACCUCUUUACUAAAUGGUGAGGGAGAGGAAAACACAACCAUGAUUGUAACUGAAGAAUCUGCAAUAACUACAACAGAGAACUUGCUUCAGACUUCUGUGGUCUCGGAAGCAUCUUUAAAUGCAACGGUAACCCCAGAAAGUAAUACUGAUAAUAGGAGACUGGACAUUAAUGACACUCCAAUCACCGUGUUUCCACAAGUGGAUCCAGAAAUAAGCUUAAGUGAUAUUCAUGUUUCUGAAAGUUCUUCGAUACCCGAUUCAUCGGCUAUUACUGAAGAUUCAGUACACUUACUUACCACUCCAGAAGAAAACAUUCUAACGACACUUCCAUCAUCCUCAAGCACCACAGAUAGAGGAAGUAGCACAGUACCUGAAUUAGUAACUGAAGCCUCUUUACCAGAGUCUUCUCAUGCACCAGUAACUGAAGCCUCCUUACCAAUGGCUUCAACUACAUUAGUAACUGAAGCUUCUUUACCAGAGUCUUCUCAUGCCCCAGUAACUGAAGCCUCCAUACCAAUGGCUUCAACUGCAUUAGUAACUGAAGCCUCUUUACCAGAGUCUUCCCAUGCACCAGUAACUGAAGUCUCCCUACCAGAGGCUUCUCCAGAACCUCUUCCAGCUGAAGAAAUAACUUCUAUUAAUGACAGUGAGAGUCCAACACAUUCACCAGGUCCUCCACUCGACAUUACCACCACUAGUUUACCAGACACCUCUCCGAAAGAAAUUGAUAAGCCAGAAUUGUACACCAACAUCAGUACAAGUACACUGCCACCAGUAGACUCAACGUUGAUGCCAACUGAUGGCACAUACACUCUGGAGACGUCAACAUAUGCACCUACGACAGCCCCACACACCACAUCUGAAUCACACCUUUCUUCGCCUGGGCUUAGCAGUAAUCCUGUCACUAGCAGUAGUCAAGUCACUGUCAGUAAUGCUUACCGCUGCUUUUGGGAAGUUGAAGCUAAUACAUUGCUGGUGGUCGCAAUCAUGACGGCAAUAAAUGUGAUGGCAGUGGUAGUGACAGGAAUAUGUGUUCAUCGCGUUGCAUCUCGCAGAGUCUCCUGGGACCCUCCACCAAUACACUAUAAUCAAUCGAACCGAGGGGAGCAGGCCAGGCAAGGUGGCCCUCUGUCUGGACUGAAUCUGGCUUCUGACAGAGACUGUAAGGCAGACGAGGGUGGAGGAGCUCCUGCCACCCACAUCCCCAUCCUAAUCACCAAUGAAGAUGGCUGGUGUGUUCCCUACAGUGACCCAGACCACAAGAAAAAGGGAAGCGAGGCCACUAAAGACACCGGAGUGUGAGUCGGGAGCUGUACGUACUUAACAGCAUUGGAUGAUGAAGAGAGAUGUAACCCAUCAUAAAGUAGCAGGUAAAGAGAGGACAAAACACUGUACAUGGUUAUUGCACUCAUAGUAACCUACCGUCCAUGAAAACGUUUCCCGUGAUUUCCAUGUUUUCUUUCGUUGUGCAAUCUAUGUGAAAAAUUUAUUUUAAUUAAAGAAGGAAAAGGGGCAAUUAGUGUAAUGAAGGGAUUACCUACACAACUCAUAACUGGGAGGAAUGAGUAAAGUAAUACUGCAGACAUCUGGAAAAUCUUUGAUUUAAAAAUUACUAGAGAAAAGAGUAUCACAAGAAUAUAUUACUGUAUUUGAUAUCAAAUAAAAAGUUACUGGUUAAUGUAAGAAAUUAAAAACUAUUAUAAAUACAAUGUUUAAUAAAAACAUUCAUACUAUGGUACAAUAUAUAUUAUCAAUAAAAUACUUCUAACUUUAUUAAUCAGUCAUACCUUCAGCAUGAUAACUAGCCAUUCUUAAAUAUGGCACUUUAUCAUACUUAAGUUAUUAAAGAUCUUCAAGAAGACACAUCUUACAUUAUAUAAGGUACUUACCUGUGUGAGGAAUGAUGAGGCUGAUUUUGUUGUACGGCUAACGGAGUAAAGACAGAGGGAGCGUGAGUUGGACCCGGAUUCGAUUGUCGUACCCCCAUCACCACACUGUUCACACCGUUUACUGUACACAAAAAUAUAUUACCUAUGCAUGCACACUCACAGACAAAUGUUAUAAUUAAAUGGAACUAAUCAAAUGUCUUCUUCACAAUAGUUUACUUAGUGUAAGAAGCUCUUGACUGGUUUGGGAACAUGUACAAAAAUUUGGGCUGGGAAUGACAAGAGUGUUGACCAGACCACAUACUAGAAGGUGAAGGGACGACGACGUUUCGGUCCGUUCUGGACCAUUCUCAAGUCGUCUUCGGUCCAGGAUGGACCGAAAUGUCGUCGUCCCUUCAUCUUCUAGUGUGUGAUCUGGUCAACAUAAUUCAGCCACGUUAUUGUGACUCCUCGUCUGCAAUGACAAGAGUAUUUAUUUUAUAUCUCAACUAUGUGCACAGUAGCUGUAUGUAAUAUUGUAGUGUAUCACAUGAACUUGGACCCAAUAAACUCUGCCCUGAAA